AUGAGUGACAAAAGGACCGAGGAGGUGCAUAACUCUGCGUGGGAUAUUCCUGGCCCUUCAUCUUUGGCAGCCAUUCUUGAUACUGUAAAUACAUCGGAAGCUAUGGAUAGUGCGAGAAACGAUGAAAUGGAGUGUGAAACAUUAUUUGCCGAAAGUGAUGAUGAUGUUGAAUUGUUGCCUACAUCUGAGGGUACCCAACAAAACGUCAGUAAUUUUAAUAAACGGAAACUUAUAUCAUCAAACUGUGUCAACUCCACAUCUAUAAACCAGUAUGAUGUAAAUUCAGUAUCAUUAUCCUAUCCUACUACUGACAAUCCUUCCUCAGCAGACAAUCCCCUUCCCGAUAGUUCUAGCAUUGAUUACAGCAGAGAAAAUCCUGACAGUACUGUGGGUCAUCUGCAACCUAGUUUACAUUACCGACCUAAACAUUUACCCCAUGAAAAUAAUUAUUAUUAUCCCUCUUGUAAUGUACAGUGGCCACCGUUCAGGGAUUUUCCAGUUGCACCCUACACCAAUAGCACAAUACUACCAUUGAACUAUACAGUGGCAGCAAAUGCGCAAGUACAAGACACUAGUUCUAAUAUGAGGUAUGAGCAUUUGCAACCUACAGCAAGUAACAUUUUUAACAAUUUGUCAGAAAUGAGAUCACAAGGUAGUUCUCUUAGUAACUUGGAGCGCCCUAGUAGAAAGCUUAAUAUUUCUCCUAGAAGGAGAUUGUCAAAGGAGAAUGAGACCAAUACUAAUUUAAUAGAAGUGAGCUCCGAAGAGGAAGAUGCUUUGUCUGUGCCAAGAAAAAAGCAGUGUGAAGGUGGAGCGGGUCCUAAACAGAGUAGUAGCCAACCGUCUCAUGCAACUGCCUGCAGUCAUGGCAAUCCAACUAGACUUGAUAUAAAGCGAGAACCAAUUGAAACAAAUGCCCGUUUAACAAUCCAAGAACCGGAUGAUACCUCUAGGAGACGGAAUAGCAGCCAGCAAGCUACAGGUUCUCAACAUUGUCAUAAUACACAAAUAAAACAAGAGAAUGCACCACCUACUAACUGCUCAUGCAGUCACAGACACACCAAUCAACAGGGGAGAAAUCAUACAAACCAUUAUAACUUCCACGAUGGCUCUCAUCACCACCACCAUCAUCAUAUUCAUCACAGGAAUGUACAGUAUCCUUCAUCAUCACAUGUAAAAGAGGAACCUGGUGUUUCAGCAGUAAACAUAAAGAAAGAAACACAGACUGCUGCAUUGAGUGUGGGCAAUAUAAAAAGUGAGAACAUUGAUAGAUCAGUAGUAAAAUCGGAACCGAGUAGCGACAUUGAAAGGGUGGAAGCCAAUGUUACUGUCAAAACUGAAAACCAAGAGAGGUGUUGUAUUGAUGGUGCUGGAGACAGAAGGGUUAAAGAGAAGACUCCACAACCGAGCACAAGUUCUGCAAGAAAUUUACCUCAAGCUGGAAGCUCUACAACGGCAGGGCGUAAUCAGGAACAUCAAGACUCUACAAGUGGCAGGCGGCCGAACAAUUCCUUACCGGGAGUUUUAUAUGCACCGGAUUUGCAGUUGGAUUGGGUAUCAGACUCCAGUUCCGAUGAUGACGUCCAAGUAUUAGGAGAAGAACAGAGAGACCGCGAAGUAAUUGAUCUAACAAGUUCGCCGAAUCGCAAUGACAAUCAGGAAGAUAGCAACGCCGCGACUUUGGGUUCGGUGAGGUCUCCCAGACCUCUGUUCGAGAGCGUGCCACAUCGAGACCCGCCAUUAUGUCAUACUGCCCCAGUUCCUUGUCACGCGCAUUUAGUAAGGACAAGGGUGAGAUGCAUGUUGCCGUGUCGCGGAUGUUGCUGUGCACCGCAGCAGCCGGCACAUGCUCAUGCACAUGCGCAUGCGCAUCCCGCGCAUUCAACGCAUCCGCAUGCCGCGCAUCUUCAUCACGUUGUUCCUCCGCAUGCUCAUUUGAGUGACCGUCGCUGUGAUGCCUUGUCGACAACUGUUAGUCCCCCCUACCUGGUCCACGCGAGGUUGUGGCAUCGCCAACAGCAUACACUUGAGAUGCAACGUCGAAAUUUAAUGAGCAACAUGAACCCGGAUCUUAUAGGUUCAGUGCCACCGUCCUAUAUCCCUCGGCCAUGGCAUAGACCAGUGUUCUCUGAAGUGUUAGAUCCGGAUAUAGAACCCGCGCCAUUGGUGCUGGACGGGCACCUUCACCACCAUAUGCAUCAUUACCUACAGAUGCGACCCCCACACCUACAUAUAUCAAUACAGCCGUCUGUUGUGCAGAGCAGUCAAGCGGGCCUCGCAGCUGCGGCGCUCCUGCAGAUACCGGAAGCGCAGGCGCGAAGGGAAUACCGAGGAGCGUCUCGUGCUGUUAUCGAGCGCAACACUUAUAGACAUGCCUAUGCGCGCCCCGCUCCACACCAUCAAGAUGAGAAGUGCACCAUUUGUCUUUCAGUGUUUGAGGUUGACUCGGACUGCAGACGCCUACCUUGUAUGCAUCUGUUUCACAUGGAGUGUGUUGACCAGUGGCUUGGCACAAAUAAACAUUGCCCCAUCUGCCGAGUGGACAUUGAAACACAUCUCAGCAAGGAUGCCACAUUUUAA